UUUAAUGCUACAUUCCAUGAUUCUUUUAAUAAAUUACCCAACCUGUGUUACUGACAGAUUUUCAUCGCUAUUAGAUGAUAUAUUUAUAUGAUUUUUGCCAUAUUUAUUUUUGAAUAUUAUUAACUGACAUUUCUGACCACUUCCCAGUAUAUUGUAUUUGUGAUAUGGCUAUUCACAAAUGUACCUGUGAAACUGACUUUUUUAAACAUGAUUUAAAGAAAAAUAAUAUUAGAAUUUGUUUGCAUUUGCUGUAUUCAAGGUAAAUGGUAUUUAUCUAGUGAUGUAAAUAAUAUUUAUGAUAGCUUUGUUUUUUAAUUCACAAAACUAUAACUCAUGUUUCCCUGUGAAAUUAAUGUGUAUGAAAUACAUGUAUAAGCGUAAAAAUAAACCUUGGAUUACAAAUAAAAUUAUAAAGUUGAGUAAGAAAAUAUGUGACUAUAUAAGUUGUAUAUUAAAAAUCCUAAUGAUUAUAGAAAAGAAAUAUAUAGGAAAAUUUGUAAUAAAUCAAAUAAUAAGAUUAAGAUUGAGAUAAAGAAAUAUUUAAAGAAAAGUCUUGAAGAAAACAUGGAAUAUUAUUAAUAAAGCAAUGGGAAAAAAUGUAAGAUAACUAACAUUCAAUAGAUUAAAAAAGUGAUAAUUGAUAAGAAUGACUUAGAAAAUUAUGAAAUGUUUAUGUGACAUGAUUGUAGAUGGGAAUGUAUGAUACAGUAUUUAAAAUUAUGUACAUUUUGUCUGUAAUUCAAAUGAAACUUUGUACAACUGAUCAUUCCAAGAUUUACAUGUCAUAUUCUAAUUUUAUGUUUCUUUUCUUUUCCUAGGCGGAGACUUUUACAUUCCUUUCAUUCUCAUUGAGCUUGUUGGUGGACUGAACAAUUCCAUUUCAUCUUCACCCAUAUUCCCUUCCCAACUGUCUUCAGACGUAUAUUCAUCAUUCACUUUUCUUUAUCUCAGAAAGAUCCUGCUCUCCGAAGAGAGUGUACCACAGCUGUCUCUUGUAGACCGUAUUGGCUGUGUCUUUUAUCCAUUUCAUCCCAUUUCAUCUUCACACUUGCAAAAACCAAUGAAAAAUUUACAAGAGCAAUUAUGAAAACAUUAUUAUAUAUUCGUGCAGAAGCAUUCUAUACCUAAUCACAGAAGUCUUAAAUGUUUGCUACAGAAGAAGUCCUACUUUUUACUUGUGAUACUUUAUAUUACUGAAUUUUCUAAAUUUCACAAAUCUUCUCUUAUUCUACAAGCUUUCUAAAUCUACAGUAUUCUUAAUCACAGAAGUUAUUCCUACAAGAUCUCUGAAUCUAUUUUAUACUAAGCUGUCUGAACUUUUCUAACCUAUUUCAUAUUACUGAAUUUUAUAUUUCUUAAUUAUGGAACUUGAAAUUGAUCAAUUCAAGGAAGUGAUGAAAGAGAUUGUAGAUAUGCUAUAUACAUCUAGAUGUGCAUCAGUUCUCGAUCCGCAUAAUGAAGAAUGUUGUGUCUGUAAAAACACAAUUGAAGAAAGUGAAAACAAAGCUACUUGUGAGAGCUGCAAUGAACAUUACCAUGUAACAUGUAUGGGUUUUUUGUGUCAAGAUCUAGUAAAUGAGCAAAGAUUAAUCUGGAUAUGUUCAUAUUGUGGAAAUAACAACAUUGCACAUCGACUAUUUGAUAAAGUAUGUAUCCCCUCUCAUAUCAAUAGAUACCAGCCUCUCGAGACAGUGGAUGAAGUAUUCAAUGAUGAUGUGCUCCUCUUAACCAAGCGAAAUGACACACAAAAGAAAUGCAGAUCAAAGAAAAGUUGUUUAUCGUCCUCCGACAUACAGAAUGAAAGACUUCUGCUACGUCCUGUGCCAGCAGUGCCACGGCCUCCUGGGACAUCCCUACAGCUACGGACGCCUCAGAACCCAUCACAGCAGUCGGUAACUUCUCGCCUGGUGAUUCCUUUGAUGUUGGCACUUAUCUGGUCAUCUAUUACCUUAUCGAUAAGGUUUGAAGUCACUGUCACUUCAAGUGGAGUGGUCAUUUACAGAGAGAACCCCGUCCUGACAGGCUAUCCAACCGACAUCGUCGCCAAUGCCAGCCCUGGUACCUCGACCCCGGUGGUUUCAUGGCUGGCUCCUGUGGCAUCAGACAACUGACGCCACUACCCUGACGGUCAACCAACAACUACCAGGCAGUUCCUUCGCUGUUGGAUCUACUGAGGUCACCUACACAGCUAGGUAUGGAUUGUUAGAAAGACAGAGCCAAGCUGUGUUAUUGCUAGAAGUUGCAAGGGAACAAAUAACGAGGGUACUGACUAGAACUAUUUUAUUUUUUGGGUACCAUAGGAUUUUUGUUAUCAGUCUUCUCUUUGAAUGUCCGAAUUUAGACCUAUGCGCAGUACAAAUCGGGGGAAAAGUGGAUAAAGGCGAUAUGCCAUUUAAAGAGAUAUUCUUGCUUCAUUCGAUAUGCCAUUUAAAGAGAUAUUCUUGCUUCAUUAUG